AUGUCCAACAUCGAUCGCCAUGCCCUCCUCUGCUUCAAGUCCGGCAUCAGCUCUGAUCCCCUUGGCAUCCUACACUCAUGGAGCAAUGGCUCGCUUGACUUUUGCAGCUGGAAAGGGGUCGCUUGCGGCACCAAGUUUCCACCCCGGGUGGCCUCUCUGAACCUCACCGCCGCUCGUCUCGGUGGGCAGUUAUCUGGAUGCGUAUGCAACCUGACAUUUCUUUCCCGGAUGAACCUUGCUAAUAAUCAUCUGUUAGGAACCAUCCCCGAAGUGUUGGGUAAGCUUCCAAACCUCCAUACGCUGAAUCUUGCCGGCAGCAAUCUUCAAGGCAGCAAUACACUUGUUGGACAGAUACCAUCUCACAUUGGUUACUCGCUAUCAAACCUCCAGUUGCUUAUCCUGGGAAGCAACAGACUAAACGUCCUGAUCCCUGCUUCACUAGCCAACAUGUUAAAUCUUCAAAUACUUGAUCUUUCAAACAACUCGCUACAUGGAUCUGUUCCAUCUCUUGGUUCCUUGUCAAACUUGCAUCAGUUAGAUUUAGGAAGGAACUUGCUAGAAGCACAUGACUGGUCAUUUCUUACAUCUCUGGCAAAUUGCACCCAGCUGACAAAGUUGUCCUUGGAAAGGAAUGCUCUAAAUGGCAGCCUACCUAUAUCCAUUGUUAAUCUUUCCAGGAGGCUAGAAGAUUUAUCGCUUGGGUCAAACCAAAUUUCAGGCUCCAUACCUGUAGAGAUUGGCAAUCUUGUUAAUCUCUUUUCGCUUGGGAUGGAAAGCAAUUUUCUUUCUGGAAGCAUACCUUCUUCCAUCGGCAAGCUACGAAACCUCUAUAUCCUAAAUCUGUCAAAGAACAAAUUAUCAGGUCAGAUUCCUCCCUCAAUUGGUGAUGUUACUCAACUUUCUGAACUUCACCUUGAUGGUAACAACUUGAGUGAAAAUAUACCUGGUAGUUUAGCUCAGUGCAUGGGGCUUUUUGAACUAAACUUGUCUCAAAACAAUCUUGAUGGCUCGAUAUCAGUCAGACUUUUUGCUGACCUUCUAUUCGCCUGGAGUCUGGACUUCUCACACAACAAUCUCACAGGGGAACUACCACCGGUACUUGGUACAUAUGGCAUUGGUAGUGGUCUACUUUCCCUUCACAUCGAAGGAAACAGGUUUCAUGGACAAAUUCCAGAAAGAUGGCAUCUAUUAGUAUCAACCCGGCAGCUUAAUCUUUCUCACAAUGGCUUAUCCGGUGUCGUGCCCAAAUUCUUUGAGCAACUUGAUAAGCUAGAGCAACUUGAUCUCUCUUACAACAACUUGGAAGGGGUUGUUCCUGCAAGUGGUAUCUUCACGCAUUCUGCUGCAGUAGUUUUGGAUGGCAACAAGGGACUCUGCUGA